AGUGCAAAGGCAUAUUCAUCUAGUUCUAGUUCUUGUUUUUUUCGAAUGGUGGACGGCCUACACACUUCCUCUGUGCAGCGCCACAGCAGAAGCCUGAGCGGUGCAGUAGAUACAGGAACCAUUUUCUCUGUGCCUCUCAGUCGAACAUGAUAUAUUGGGUAUAGGGAGCAGGAUACAGCGCUCUUUAAAAAAUGAGUUUCGGCAAUGUCCCUAGCAGAUCUGAAGUCAUGCACUGGAAUGCUAGUAAGCUGUCAGACUACCUAAAAUCGCUCAAUAUAAAGGACUGCGAUAAGGUUGUCAAAAAACAUAACAUUAAUGGAUCUCGUUUUUUGGAAAUGUCAGACAGCGACAUGCAGAAGUUCCCGAAGCUACAUGCACCAUUAAUAAGCCGACUUAGUCAUGAGAUCAAUAGAAAGGAAGAGAAGAGGGGCUUCUUCAACAAAAAGCCAACCGUCCAUAAAAUUCAAGAACCAGACAUCUCUCAAGAUCACGCCUCAGGCUGGGAUUCAGAAGAAUUUGAUGAAGAUGACUACGAAAGCCCAGACGCAGAGGAUGACGUUGCCAGCGGGGGGGAUUACGAAUCACCGAAUGACGACAUGCCUGAAAAGGGUGACAGUGAUAACGACUACGAACCCCCUCCCUCUGACCCACCCGAGGACCAUCAAAGCAAGAUCUUGCCCGCUAAGGCCAUCUGCAACAACUCUGACUACAUCGACAACCGCAAUCGUGCAUCUUCUGUGAGAACUCUCCCUGGCCAGCCUCCUGUCCCUCCUCAGAGACCCGGAGCCACACUCCCGCUACCCUCCAGCAGGGGCAGUAUGACCAGUCCGAUGCCUCCUAAAUGUGAAGAGAGAGGCUUCAAACCCCCCAAGCCUGGUUUACCAGGAGCUCCCUCAGUGGACAGGACUAGGAAGCCGACAACAAUGGAGCGCAGUUUACCAGGUCUACCUGAGAGGGGGUCCCCCAAGCAGGGACAGAAACCCCCCUUUGGUGAUAAGCCUCUUGUACAACCCAAAAGGCCACCCUCAGCAGAGAAGCCACCUGACUUGCACAGAAUAGCCAAACCUCCGAUACCCAUUGACCGGAAUGACUCAGCCAUAGGUCGAAGACAACCAGCUGCCAGACCAUGGGCUCAGGACAGAAGAGAUGAACCACAGGAUGACAGUGCCCUGAUGCGGCCCCCUGUCCCACAGCCGGGCAGUUCCCCAUUCAACUCCAACACUUUCCCUCUGCGAUCGAAGGGCCUGCCCCCAAAACCAGGGCCCAUGGGCUCUAACAACCACACCGACAGACUACCUCCUGGUGGGUCUCUGCCAUCCAGACUUCAGUCAGCUAUCAACAUUAACCGGUCUCAGUCAAGAGGACCUAGUGAUGCAAGGCCACCACUCCCCCCUCCUCAAUCACAACCUGCCAUGGCGCCGGCACCUCCCCUUACACAUGACGAGGACUUGGAUCCACACUGGUAUGUGGCCCGCAUUACUCGUCCAGAUGCAGAGGACUGUCUGAGGAAUGUGAAUGAGGACGGUGCAUUCCUGGUUAGAGACAGCUCCAAGCAGUCAGCAGUCCAGCCAUUUGUUCUCAUGGUGCUGUACAGAAAUAAAGUGUUCAACAUUCAGAUUCGCUACCAAGAAGAGCAAAACGUCUAUUUACUAGGGACUGGAUUCAAAGGAAAAGAUAACUUCAACUCAGUGAGUGAAAUUAUUGACUACCACAUGCAGACCCCUUUGCUUCUGAUUGAUGGGAAGAACCGCGGUUCAGGGCAGAAAAGUCAGUGCCGUCUGACCUAUCCAGCAGGAUACAAGUAGCAUGCAGCGAGCACAAGUGCAAAGUAUCCUAGACAGAUCUCUCACUGAUUUCCAGUGAGUGUAGUGCAAUUUUUAUCCAGAGCUAUACCUUCGAUUCCAGUGUGCACAGUACACAAUAUUUAUGAAAUAUCUACCCUUGAAGCAUAAGGUGGAAGUAAUUAUUUAAAAAAUGGUUCACAAUAAAGUUUUACUUUUUAACAAAAAUAACAAACAUGGACAUUUAUUUUAAAACAAAAUACAAUUGAGUUGGCUUGCGUAGCAGGCUAGUGGGAUGUAUCACUCAUCACAAUAUAUAAUUCUCACUGCAGGGGAUAACGAACAGAUAAAGAACGUACUGAUCAAUAAGAUAUGUGUUUCUUUAGCACAUACUAAUACUGUAAUAGCAUAUCAUAAUGCCAAUAAGUGUUAAAGGAAGUGUAUGUAAAAAGAUGUUUAUACAACGUUGUAGACUUUGGCUGUAAUUAUUACAUUUUUGUCAGUUGUUUAACUAUAUAGGAAAUGAACUGAAACUUAAAGCUGUCAAAGCAUUCUUUAUGGUAACUAUAACCUGUGUACUUGGUUUAAAAAAUGGAACCUAUCAAGUACUUGCACUAAUGGCUUCAAUUGUGGGUGACAUAUUACAAUGGCUUUUCUUGUGAAUUUAUGGAUUGUUCUGUUUUCCUUGUUUUUGUUCUCAUACUGCAUAUUUAGUUU